AUGAAGCAAAAACGAAAAGAAUUAGCUGAAAGUGAACGAAGUCAGAUCGUUGGUGCUUGGCAGUGUAAUACAUAUAUUUCUACUAUCGUAGAAAAACUUGAAUUCGCGAAAUCAACAGUUCAAGAUGUAAUUACAUAUUAUAAGAAUUCUGAAGAAAUAAAACCUCCUGCUCGAAGCGGAAGACCACCUAUUUUAACUAAACGUGAUACGCGACAUUUAUUUCGUAUUAUCAAAAAUGAUAAAAAAGUUACUUUAAAUGUUUUAGAAAAUGAAUUUUUGCAAUCUACGUCCAUUGAAGUUUCUACAUGCACUAUACAACGGUAUAUUCAUAUUGAAGAUUUUUUUGCAAGAUUGGCAAGAGAAAACCAUUUUGAUGAAUCUCGUUUUGAAGUGUUUGGAGGUAAUGGCCGUAGUUAUGUUUGGAUACUUUCUAAAGAAAAAUAUGAUAUAAACUAUCUUAUACCAACAUUUAAAUCUGGUCAGAGAG